GCGAAUUGAACUUUAUUCCAAGUUAUAUGCGGGAAGACGCAGUAGUGGCUGGCGGGACUGCGAGAGGCCGGACGAAGGAAAGGCAUGAAUCCAUCGCAGAAGGCGGCUCUGGCUUCCCAUGAGAGUUGCCUCGGUUUCGCAGAAGAUCCACUGAUUAGAUAAGCUGUUUGCUUUCCUAAGUGAAUGGGUAGAUGGCGAGCUACUGCUGCUCUUCUCCUCAAUCGCUCGGCAACCACAAAAACCAUUAAUUCCCUUUUGCCUAUACCUAAUUUGAUUUCAUGCUUACCAAAAGCUCUCCACUUCUCAUACCCUUUAAGCCACAGGCUGUUUUCUGCAAUCCCAUCUCGAGUUUCGGAUUAUAGCAAUGAUAUUGAAUAUGGACCUCAUGAUUUGGCUCCCAAUUACAUUCUGGGACGUAAGGAAGAUGAGGAGUUUGGAAAAAUUCCAGUCAAAGCGUACUUCCUCUGUACCAGUAUUGAUUUGAAGAGGAUGCAAGCAGAGAAUUUGUGCAAUGUUGUUCCUCCCAUCUCUCGUUCAACAAAUUAUAUUGCCCUCAGAUACUGCAGUUUUCCUACAGAAAUUACAGCACUUGGAGUCAAGGAUUGUAUCUGCUCUCAAUACAUGGUUGUAUUCCAAUAUGGAUCUGCUGUUCUCUUUAACAUUGAGGAUCAUGAAGUUGAAAGUUACCUAGAGAUAGUAAGAAGACAUGCUUCUGGAUUGCUUCCAGAGAUGAGGAAAGAUGAUUAUGCCAUAAAAGAGAAGCCCCUUCUAGUUGAGGACAUGCAAGGAGGUGCAGACUACAUAGUUCUUAAAACUUUAGAUACUGACAGCAUUCGCAUUAUUGGAAGUGUACUUGGCCAAAGUAUUGCUUUGGACUAUUUUGUGUCACAGGUUGAUGGAAUGGUUGAAGAGUUUGCCGACAUAAAUCGUGCAAUGGAAAAAACUGGAACUUUCACUAUGGAUAGGAAGAAGCUCCUUCAACUAGUUGGAAAGGCUAACUCGAAUCUAGCUGAUGUAAUUCUCAAAGUUGGCCUUUUUGAGAGUUAAUUCAAGGGGCACAUGCCAAAUAAAUUCCAGAUCACCUUAUAGGGGCAUGUAAAUUGUCACUGGCAGGAAAUUGCUUCCUUAUCUUCAAUUCUUUUUUAUUUUUCCUUUCAACAGCAACAAUGAUGAAGAUGAUGAUGACGGUCUUCUUAUUUUUUUUUUUUCAAAUUAGUUAUUUUUCUGGCCUGUGGAGUACUGGUGGAUGACCAAUGUUCAUCAAAGUUCGUUCAUCUUUUUCCUUUUAUUUGUCUCUUCCCAACCCUCUCUUAAGGAGAAGAAAAUUGUCUUGCAUUGCAUCUGAUCAAAUCUGCUGUUACAGGAAGACAAGUUUUAUGCAGGAUUCACUGUGUUUUUGUUUUUGUUCAUAACAAAUUCACAAUAACACUGCUUUUGGACAUUUCAAGUUGUUAAACUAUAAAAUUUACUUCUGUCUAACACUGAAAACACUUUCUAGUUAUUCUGAUAGUUUUAUGUAAGGGACCUCACUUAGGACUUGUAUCUGGUGACUCCUGAUCUUGCCGUAUUCCACGUUGCUGCAUUCUUUUAAUUGCAUUUAGGAUCUCAGAUUUUUUUCACGGUUAAAUGAAGCUCAUUAUAGUACAUUUGUUCUCUUU